AAUGAGAAUCGCGGUUGUUUUACUCAUUUGUUUAGUAUUUUGUUAAGGUAUUCCAGUACAUAAGAAAUUUUUGUAACUAGAUGGGUAUUUGAUUAAGUGAAUAGUAGUUAAGAGAAUGAAGUUUAAUAUACAUCUGAGAAUUUAUAGGUUAUCGAGUAGAAGAGUCAAAAUAAAGAUGUUCAGAUUUUGGCAGCAUAAGAUAGUGAUUUGAUGAUUAAUUAAUUAGAGUCGUCUGAGAAAUCAGAGUCAUCAUAGUCGUUAGAUGAUGAAACCCCAUUAAAUAGUGCUUAUGUAUUUGAUUGAUAAUAAUGAAAGUUCGAAGAUGAUUAGAAUAAUAAUGAAAUCAUUGAGGAUGCUAGUUAAAACAUAGUGGAGGAUUUGAAAUUAAUAGGCUAAGUAGAUAAUAAUAAUAUUAUUGAUGAAAAUCAUCAAGUCAUUGACACUUAAUAAAACAUUCCUGAUUAAAGUGAAAACUAUGCAUCAGACACUAUGAAUGUUAAUGAUGAAAUCCAACAGGAAAUUUCAGAUCAAUAAAAUGUUUAAGAUACUGUUAGUAAUGAAGAUAAUUUUUAUGAUGAUUCAAUUGACAACAAUGAUACAUUAUAAGUCAGCGAGUCUGUCUCUUAACAAUUGAUUGCUCAAUCAAGUGAAGUACCAGAUCUUGCUAAUAUGGACGAAGAUCAAGUUACACAAUAAUUCACAUAACCUGAAUACGAAGUUCAACCAAACCAAAUUGAACAGACUAAUCAAUAAGAUCAAACUAUCAUUAUUGAUAAUCAACUAGAAAAAGAAGAAAACUAAGUACAACCUAAAAUUAUAGUUGUUGAAGAUCAAUCACAAAUACAAUCAAAUAAUUCAGGUCCCUAAUAAGUUAACAUCUAAUAAGAAGUUACUUCAGAAGAUCCAAAUAAUAUAGGCGACGUUAAUGUAGAGUAAUGUUCUCUAAUAUACUUAGAUAAACAUCUUAAUGUAUUGAAUUAUAUAGUUAAUGCUAUUACAAAGGAGAGACCAUGAAAGCUUGCAAUGACCUUGGAUAAAUGAAGUAAUUCAAUUCAAUAUUAUUGUCUUAUAGAGAUUUCCCAUACGAAAUUAAGUCUUUGAAGAUUCCUUAUGGAACAACUCUCACAAUCUAUGAUCAUCCAAAUUAUGAAGGAGAAAGACACACUUUCUCUAAAAAUGAAGAGUGUUUGGCAAAUGUAAUUGUUCUAACAUAAAUUACAUUUUGAAAUUUAUC